AUGUUGUCGUUGGGUAAAAAAGAUCGCUACGCUAUCAAUUUCUCAUCAUUACACGGCGAGUGUGAUAGCAGCAGUGCUGCACCAAAGCCACAAGGCGAUGAAGUUGAUACGAAUGGAGGGGAUACAACAACCAAUGACUUAAAGGAUGAAAACAGGUUGUACGCACUAACCCCAAAACCGAAUGUCGAAUUGACUGAAAAUCAAAACCCAACAAUUUCAGCCGUAUGGGCUCUUCAACAGGCAGAAGUAGAGGAGGAGAAGCGACUUUUACUACUCGAGAUGUCGCAACUUGCCAUCGAGAAGCAGGCGGAGACGAAAACGAAAGAACGGAACCUGCAAACCCAAUUAUUAGCUCAACGUUUCGAGAUGGAUCUUUGCAACGGCCAUGAGACUUUUGCUGGUGGUUCCCAUCCGCUUCAUAAGGGUACACAGUUCUCUGACGUCUACUCUUCUUUGAUGCAUCCAGUAAACGGGUCAGCGGUGCCGAAAAUUGAACAUCACAUCCCCCCCAACCCCGGCGCAGCGGAAUCGUGCAGGAAAAUUCGUGCUCGUUUUCAUACCCUGUUGCCAAUUCAAAAAGAAGAAAAGUUGCAGAAGACUGGGGCUCCAACACAACGCAUUAGGACCAGCAAGCAAUCCCGCUGGGAUCCUGCCUUCCGUGCCUUCCAGGCCUCCUUGAAGACACCUAAGCCAAAGCUGUACAGCUUUCCACCCUCAAAGAAUUCGGUACAGAUAUCGAGAGCAGAGCAAAUAACGACAGAUGGGGAUGAUAAAGUCCAUUGCAAUGGAGAGCAACAGCAACUGCAGAGCGAUUUCCUGUUAAAGCACCAGCACGCGCUCAUUGGUCAACUUCUCGAAAGCGGAAUUUCGGGAAGCCAGAACAAAGCUGAACCCCCUGAGAUCACAGCGGCUGCGCUCUCGUCAUAUGCAUGCUUGCAUGCAUGCGGUUAUCGUGACAAGCAUGACACUUCCCGCCGAGUGCGAGCCAUACAGCGACGAACAGUGCUGCAGGCCCUACAGCAUCUACUGCUUUUCCCCCCUAAGACUUCUCACCGCACUACAUUGGAAAAAGGAAGUCAUCUUGAAACGAAAGGGAACACGCCUUCGCAAGAAUCAGCAGCAGCAUAG